ACGAAAUCAACUCCUACUUUUCCUCUUCCACUUGCAUCACUCUCUCUAUAUAACAGAAAACCUGACUCUUUCUUUCUCUCUACGUAUCUCCGUCUCUCAAAAUCUCACACCGUAGUACUUUCUCUCUCUACGCGGCUCCCGAAGAGUGCACAGCCGUCCUCUAUCUACGCCAUUAAAGUGAGAUCUCCUGGGGUGAGUCUUGAUUGAUUUAUUAUUGAAGAAGAGAGAGGAAAAAAGUUUGGUUUAGGGUUUUGAUGCGCUGGUGCGGGUUGAGAUCCGUAAGGUCGGUUCAGAUUACAGGUCUGGUUUGGGGAUGGCCAAUUCUGGUGCAAAGUUUGUGUCGGUGAAUCUGAACAAGUCUUAUGGACAGCAGCAUCAGCCUUCUCAUCAUGCUCAUCAUUCAGCUUUUAGUGGCAGUGGCAGCAGUAGUUCUUAUGAUCAGGGUGGCACUGGAGCAAGGGGGCGCCCUGGGAGUGUUGGUGCGGGAAUGGUGGCCUUAUCAAGGAACCGGGUUACACAGAAGGCUGGUCCAAAACUCGCUGUUCCACCCCCCUUGAAUUUGCCCUCCUUGAGGAAAGAACACGAAAGGUUUGAUUUGUCAGGGCCAGGUGGAGGGCCAGGUGGUGGUGUCGGUCCUGGAAGUGGACCAAGGCCCACUUCGUCAGGUUUGGGCUGGACCAAACCUGUGGCAGCUACUGUUUCAUCGGAGAAGAAUGAGAGUAGUGUUGAUGUUCCUGUGGCUGAUGGAAUGAAUGCUACUGAUGGAUUAAGUCGGGGUGGUGGUUCUUAUUUGCCACGAUCAGUUCAAUCUGAUGAGCUUGGAGUUGCACGUUCUGGUUAUCCUGCUCGGGCAUUUCCACAAUCAGCGGAGAAAGUCACAUUUUUGAGAGGUGAGGAUUUCCCCUCUUUGCAGGCUGCAAGGCCUGUUUCAUCAGGCACAUCACAGAAACAGAAGGAGGCUUCGAACCAAAAACAGAAGCAGAUUGUGAAUGAGGAAACAUCUGAUGACAAGAGGGACACUUACCAUUCAAGUCUGCUAGCUGAUAUAAGGCAACAGGGACAGUCUUCAAGGAGUACUGUUGGAAAUGGGUCGCUGCACAAUGCUGGAGAAGUUCAUAGGAUGGGCAGUUUGCGAAUGGCAGAUCCUGCUGGGAAGCAGGAAGAUUACUUUCCUGGUCCACUGCCACUGGUUCAGUUCAAUCCGAGAUCUGAUUGGGCUGAUGACGAGCGUGACACUGGCCGUGAGUUUGCAGAAUGGGGAAGAGAAGUUGGGGGUUCUAAAAAUGAAAAUUAUUGGGAUAGGAAUUUUGACUUACCCAGGCCCAAUGUUUUACUGCACAAACCAGUUCAUAAUCGUAAUUGGAGUCAACGAGACAAUGAAACUGGAAAGGUAUUUUCCAGUGAAGUCCUUAGUCUGGACCCUUUCAACAGAGAUCUGGGAACUAGUAGGGAAGGCAGGGAAGUCAACAACUGGAGAAUCUCACCAUUUCCUAAAAAUGGAGUAAAUUCUCAAGAGGUUGGAAACGACCGAAGUGGUGUUGGUGCAAGGACAGAUGGACCUAACAAUGCUGCGAAGGACAAUAAGUACAUUCCACCACAUUCUGGCGACACUGGUAGAGAUGGCAGUGUGAUGGUUAAUCGGGAUUCUUCAUUUGGAAGGAAGGAUGUGGUACAUGUUCCAGAAGUGCGGCAGCAAUGGAACAACUCAAUGGAUGUACAUAACAAUCGAGGGGCUGAGCGUUAUAAUCGAGAUCGUUAUGGUGCUGAGCAACCCAACAGAUACAGAAGUGAUAAUUUUCAGAAUAAUGCAUUAUCUAAAUCUCCGUUUUCGUCUAGUGGGAAAGUUCCUUCUAUGACUGGUGUCAAACUGACUUUAGGCAGGGAGAAACAUGCUUUUUCAAAAGGAGAUAGACUGUUUUCGGAGGAUCCCUUCUCCAAAGACUUCGGUUCUGCAGGUUUCGAUGAAAGGGAGCUCUUUUCCGGGGGUCUUGGUGGUGUAAUUAAGAGGAAGAAGGAGAUUGCUAAGCCGGCUGAUUUUCACGAUCCUGUUAGGGAAUCUUUUGAGGCAGAACUUGAAAGAGUUCAGAAGAUGCAAGAGCUUGAGAGGCAGAGGAUCAUUGAAGAACAAGAAAGAGCUUUGGAGCAAGCUCGAAGAGAAGAAGAGGAGAGACAGAGAAGAAUCAGGGAAGAGGAAGAAAGACAGCGGAGGUUAGAGGAGGAAGCUCGUGAAGCUGCUUGGAGAGCAGAACAGGAUAGACUGGAGGCUAUUCGGAUAGCUGAAGAGCUCAGAAUUGCCAGGGAAGAAGAGAAGAAGAGAAAUCUUAUGGAGGAAGAGAGGAGGAAACAAGCUGCCACUCAAAAGCUUUUGGAAUUGGAGGCUAGGAUGGCCAAGAGGCAGAUUGAAACUUUGAAGAUUGAUGCUUCCAUGUCUAAUGCGAUUGUGGAUGACAAAGUAGAUGCUGGUGUGAAGGAAAAUGAUAGCUCCAGGACUGUUGAUCUGGACAACUGGGAAGAUGGUGAAAGAAUGGUGGAUAAGAUGAUGACAUCAGCAUCGUUUGAUUCAUCUGCUUAUGACAGAUCUUUUGAUAUCAGUUCUGGGCCUUACCCUCCUAAAGAAGUUUCUUCAAGCUUUUUUGACAGAGGAAAAAGUGUUAAUUCAUGGAAAAGGGAUAUGUUUGAAGAUGUGAGUACCUUGCCCUUAGCAGCACAGGACCAAGAGAUUGGUCAUAACAGUCCGAGAAGAGAUACAUUUGGUAGUGGCACGACAGGUCCUAGAAGAGAGUUCUAUGAAGGAUCUGGAUACGUAAAUUCUAGGGCUUAUUCGAAAGCAGGCAUGCAAGAGCCUUUCUUGGAUGACUUUGGACGACAGAAAGACCAUAGGUGGAAUGUGCCAGGGGAUGUUGACUUGUACAGCAAAGAUAGGGAAAUCAAUUCCGGAUUUCAUGAUAAUUUUGCUGAUAAGUAUGGUGAUAAUGGACUGGGGCAAGGCCGUUCUCGUAUUAGUACUCGCCCACCUUACCCAGAGCGACUGUAUCUGAAUUCUGAGGCAGAUGAGCUUUAUCCGUAUGGAAGUUCACGGCAUUCCAUGAAGCAGCCUCGCGUCCUCCCCCCUCCACUUGCUUCCUCUCAAAGAACAUCUUUCAGGGGGGUAAAUGAGCAUCCUGGUCCAUCAACUGUCCUAGAUAAUAUCGUCCAUUAUGCUUACAGUGCAAGAAAUGAAUCCAAUAGGCAGACAGGUUAUUAUGGUGGUAACCAGGAAGCCCUUGAAGCACCCAACCUUGUUGAACUGCGGCAAGAAAACACUCCUAAUGAAGACCAGAAAUUGAAGGACAUUUCAUCAAGAUGUGACUCACAAUCUUCACUAUCUGUUUCAAGUCCCCCCAACUCACCGCCUCAUCUCUCCAAUGAUGAAUUGGAUGAAUCUGGAGAUUCGCCUUUGAUAUCCGUGGUAGCAGAAGGAAAAAAGAAUCAGCUAUCUGCAAUUGAUUCUGUUAUCUUGAAUGAUAAUUCUGGAAAUGAUACCGUGAUAAAAGCGCCAAAUCCUACUUCUGCUGUUGAGGAUGAGGAGUGGACUCCUGAAAAUGAUGAGUUGCAGCAGCAAGAGGAAUAUGAUGAGGAUGAAGAUGGUUAUCAAGAAGAGGAUGAAGUGCGUGAAGGAGAUGACGGGAAUCUUGAUCUGGACCCAAAAUUCGAAGAUGUGCAACUCGAGGACAGAGAUUCUUCUCAUAUUUUGGACAAUGUGGUCUUAGGCUUUGAUGAUGGCGUUGAAGUUGUAAUUCCAAGUGAUGAUUUUGCACGAAAUUCAGGGACUGAAGAAAGCACAUUUGGAAUUUCUGGCAGUCAUGUUCAUAUUAUGGAAGAACAAGGAGCUAUCAAUAGGGUUCCAGAUGAUGAAAAAAGCCUUCUGCCUGCUGAUGAUUCCUUUGAGACAAGCAAAGAUAGCUCCUCUGGGAAGAUUCGGGAAUCUGAUAAGUUGUUGACAGCCGCUACUAUUCAACCUAUCAGUGCUCCUUAUUCCUCGGCCACAUCAGAUCUUUUAUAUGUCGAUGUCUCCGGUAGCUCUGUUUUACUUGCUCAGCAACUCAUCUCAGCUUCAGGUGAUGUUACAUCUGCUGCUGGUGAGAUCAAUAUGUCAUCUAUGGCUUCUGCUGGGACUCAUGCUGACGUACCUGUUAAGCUUCAAUUUGGGCUGUUCUCUGGUCCAUCUCUGAUACCAUCUCCAGUUCCUGCUAUCCAGAUUGGUUCAAUACAAAUGCCUCUCCACAUUCAUCCUCCUGUUGGUCCAUCUCUUACUCAUGUGCAUCCUUCACAACCUCCUAUCUUCCAAUUUGGUCAGCUGUGUUAUACAUCUCCUAUAUCGCAGGGAAUUUUGCCCAUACCCCACCAAUCAAUGUCAUUUGUCCAGCCCAACAUGCAGUUCCAUUAUAAUCUGAAUCAGAAUGUUGGAGGCUCUGUACCUAAUCAACCAGCUCAAGAUGCCCCACCACAUGCAGUAAAAGAUGAGGUGACUUCUCUAUUGUUAAAUAAGCAGUCCAGUUGUGUGUCAGGACAGCCAGAGCAAUCUCAUGAGAACAUUCCCAGGGAAUUAGAUUCAGUUUUGGCUGAAGAUAGUUCAGAAGGCGAUUUUCUUUCACAUUCGAUUAGUUCUUGUGCCUUUAAUAACAAGAUGAAGCUAGAAUCUAGUUCUCGAUCAGAAGAGAAAGGGCAACUUGAUUCUGUUACAAACACUUACGUGUCAUCAUCAAAGGAGAAUGGAAGUGUAAGUCAGUUGCAGCGUUUACAGCCAUCAUCAAAGCAUGUUUCUGGUGAGAAAAAUUUCAGUAGACCAAGACUCCAAGGCAAAGGUGGUAGCAGAGGAAAAAGAUAUGCCUAUGCAGUGAAAAAUUCCAACACAAGAUCUUCUUUUCUGGCUCCUGAUACUUCUACAGAUUCAAGUGGGUUUCAGAGGCAACCUCGACUAACUGUUCAGCAAACUGAAUUUCGAGUUCGGCAGAAUGAAAAGAAACAAGAGCAUACUACUGUUAAUAACGGAGGCUCAGUUGAUAAGUCAAAUUACAAAAGAAGAACUGUGGGAGUUAUUGCAAGAGGUGGUUCUCAGAGACGUACAAUCUCUAAUAGACCAUUGAAACAGAGAGUUGAACCAGAGAGCUCAUUGUCUGGAAAUACUAGUUUUCAGGAGUUGAAUUCUAGCGACAGACUAGGAAAGAAAAGUGUAAAUGACGCGUCAAUGAAGAAGCAGAAUAUUUCUUCCUCUGGAGAGUCACAUUUCAAGAGAAAUGCUUCUGAGGAGGAUGUCGAUGCUCCCUUGCAAAGUGGUGUUGUUCGUGUUUAUAAACAACCUGGCAUAGAAGCUCCCAGCGAUGAAGAUGACUUCAUUGAAGUGAGAUCCAAAAGGCAAAUGCUGAAUGAUCGACGUGAGCAGAGGGAAAAAGAAAUCAAAGCAAAAUCACGUGCCACAAAGCUACUGCCGAAAUCUCGUGCACGUAUACUAAGUGUUGUGGACUCAACAAGUCCAAUUAAGCUUUCUGCCCCACUGGCUAGACAAUCAUCAACAAACUCUCACUUGGAUUUUGUUGCCUUGGAGGGAAAAAGCUUGGAAGAUAAAGAAGCAUCCGCAGUAACCACUGAAGUUUCCCCAUCACUGGCUCCAAUUGGCACUCCUGCUCUGAGUAUUGAAACUCCGGCUAUGACACCAUCUCAUGCUAUCAUGUCCGUCCAAAAAGAAUCGGUUUCUGUUGUUUCUAAUAAAAGUGGAAAAGACCUUGAGACUGCGAAAAUGUUUGAGAACAAAAAUAAGGUUUUGGACAAUUUCCAUUCAGAUGCAAGUACUUGGGGCACUGCAGGACUUAAUCAACAGGUAUGCUGAACUAUUGUUUUUAUUGAUAUGG